UAGAAGAAACAAAACAAGUAGCAGCAAAGAACCCUAACCCUUAGGUCGAUCGAAAUUGGGAACUUGAUUGGGCAGUGAAGAAUGUCUGGGGUGAAGAGAGCAAUGAGGCAAUUUACGUUCGGAGCCGGCAAGACCGCCGGCCGGAACUCCUCGGGGCGCAUAACGUCUUUCCACAGAGGCGGUGGCGCGAAGCGGUUGCAGCGAACCGUCGAUCUCAAACGGAACACCGCUUCUUCAAUGGGCGUCGUCGAAAGGAUCGAGUACGACCCUAACCGUUCCUCUCGCAUCGCACUCGUUCGCUGGGUCCACGGCAUCAAGCCACCCCAUGGCCGCACCUCCUCAGCCGCCGGUCCUUCUCCGCCGCCGCGCAGGGUUCUCGAACUCGAUUCUGCGGCCGCCGCCGCAGCCAACAUCCGGGGCGUGCUCGCAUUCAAUUCGAUGCUCCCGCCCGUAGGAACAACCGCCAGAGAUGUUUUCUUCUCUGCGUUUUCAUCGAAGAGAAAGGGAGAAGGAUCUGAAUCACUUUCUUCACUGGGGUUGCCGAGGAUCGCCGUGGCGGCGGCGAAGCCUCCGUUCUUCGCGCCGCGAGUGAGAGGGGAAGAAGCGUUGCAAAUUCGGAAUUGGAAAAGGAAUAGUGAUGUCUGGGCGCAUAGGAACAAACGUAAAGCGGCGAUUUCUUGGCACAGCAUCGCACGUUGAGUUGAAAGCCAAGGAUGGGUUCAUGCCUUUCACUCUUGUAGUUUACUUUCUUCUCUCUUUUUUUUUUUAUUUGGCAGCUUAAUUGUUGGCUGAUUUUUACUUGGGGUUGUGUUUCUCUGAAUGUUGAGGCAAAAGGCAUGAAUUGGUGAUGGAAAUUUAGGUUAUUUGCUCUGACCUUGAUUGGUGUUGCAUGUGAAAGUGAGAGGGAUAUGAAUUGAAUGAUCUUUGGUUUAUUAAACACUUAAAUGCAUGAUGGGAAAGUAAUGGAUGAGGUCAGAACUGGAAAGAAUCACUGUCCUUGGAGCUGAAACUAAGACUGGUAGCUGUUAUUUCAUUCUUGUUCAUACAUAACAUUUUAAAAUUUAAAGAUAAGAAUAGAUGACUGUGUUGCUAUGGGUGUUCCCCCCUCUUUUAUCUUCCAUCCUUCCUCUGUUUCAAAUGAAUGAAGAAUGCUAUUGAGGAAAGUACUUACUUCUCAUUUUGAUUAGUGGGAGCAUUGUUUGUGGCUUUUCUCCUUGUUUGGGAGUUAAUUUUUAAGUAGAGAGGAAAUGAUAGUUGUUUCCCCUUAUUUAAUAUAAAAUAACCCUUUCCCCUCCCUGCCUUCCUUUCCUUCCUUCCACGUUUAUUUUAUUUAUUUAUUUAUUUUGUUUUAUUUUUUUUGGGGUGGGAGGGUGGUGGCGGUGGAGAGAGUUGUUGAUUUUGGGGCAUUGAGUGGUUUUCCGAACUAUUUAUGGUGCACUUGUUGAGGAUUGGCACCUCAUGCCCUGUUUUCUCUCUGGUAUAUUAUGAGUGCAUUUUGUUCUGCAAAUUUGCAAUUUUUUUUACUCAAUCUACCCAGCCUCUGGUAUAUUAUAUUGUUUAUAUAAUAUAUUUUUAAUAUAUUCUAACAAACGGAGAGUUUAAUGCUGCUAGUUCCUACUAACAUCAUGGUGCCACUACACUAAUCAAAAGUUACAUCAAAUUUGCAAGGCGUAGUUCUUUGAGAAAUUUGUUUCAGGUAGUUGGAUAUAUAUAGAAAAAAAGUGCCUCUGUUGUUUAACUUACCAAAACUCAUCCUCAAGUUGUUAUUGUGUGCUGAAAAUGUUUUUAUAAUUAUAGGGUUUUAUAAUUCUCAUGUUGAAGGAGAAUUGAAAUCUCAUGUUGUAGAGAUAAAAAGCAUGUGAGACCCAUGUGUUAGGAAAAAUUAUAUGUAGGACCCAUGUCAGCACGAAAACCGAAGGGUGUGUAGGAAAAUUAUAAUUCUCGUGUUAAAUGAGAAUUAUAAAACCCAUAAUUAUAUGAUAGCUAUGUUUUAUUGGUGAGAGUAUUAUCUUCUCUGAAAUUAUUUUGCUGGAGAAAGUUAAAAUGUGCCGAACACGUUUAGAUAGUUACAUGAUAGCUAUGUUUAUUAGUGACAGUAUAAUCUUCUUUUUACUUGUUUUGCUGGACAAAGUCAAAAUCCUCGCUACCUCAAGCAAGAGCUCAAGCACAUUUACGAUCUUUAAUUUCUUUAUAAGUUUUGCCUUAACAGAACCUAGGUGACAAUGCCAAGUGUUUAUGGUGGGAGUGACUGUGGGUGAUAUUGUGGUAUAAGUGGAGCUAGAAGCGAAAGUGUUAGCAGUUGCCUUCCAAUGUUCUUCAGGAGUUUUAAAUUCAGACACACUGUUUUUGCUAAAAGGUAUAUUACACAGCUUGAGUACAGUUCUGACCGCUUCUCAAUGAGGGUAACCUAGGUGACAAUGCCAAAGUGGCAUGAGCCACAUUUACAGACAAUGCAUUGAAAAGAGUAUCUUGACGAUGCUUCUCUAUCGGAGCCUCCUAAGCAAGCAAUAGAGCUUCAAUUUACUAAUAUUGAAGGAUCAAGAUGACUGUUUAUUGACGGAAUGCUGAUAGAGAAGCAAUAGAGCUAGCAGCAUAUACUGCUACCCCAACUGGUUUCAACCUACUGUUUCCAGAGAAGAAAAUUCUUCUCAUCAAGUCACCCAGUGAUUGAAGGAGUGAAUGUAAUUCGAACGGAGGAACAUGUUUGAAUGGUCAGAAGCCAAGGCAGUUUAACUGCUUGGACAAUUAUAGAUUACCGAGCUAUAGUAAUGCUCAGAGAUGAGGAUUACUCUAACACACUGCUUGAAGCAGUUUUAGUGUGAAUUCUUUUGGCAUCGGUACGUAGUUAAUUUGUUGAUUACCCAGCAUUAUUUAUCUCUCAACAAUGUCAGAUUCCUUUUCUUUAUGGCAAUAUAAUUACGAUGCUUUUUCGGAGUUAUACAACUAAGAUACGUAGUAAAGGUUUGGCAUACAUAAGAGAAGAAAUAAACUAAUAUUGUCAGCUGAUGCCAGCUGUUUCUAUUUUAGGUUCUUCAAGUAGAUUAGAAUUGGAGUUGGUUUACAAAACCUGGCACUUGAUUAUGGUAAUAAAGAAUAUUAAUUUCUCAAAGCUGCUUCAGUGCACUUUAGAGAGGGGAUCACAAAUCUUCUGAAGCCUAAUAGUACAUCUUAAUAUAUGCUUUCUUCUUGUUUUUUGACCAUCUAGCUGAGUUGGAUACAAGUAGAAUCUUGUAGAUGUUUGUUUAUUUUUUGAGAGGGGAUCAAUUGGUUAGUAAGAAAUAUCCUGACAAGCAGACGCCUGUGCAGCUUAGCAGACAGAGUUAUAGCUCAGAAACUACAACAUUAUCCACCGGAAGAGAAUUAACUAAAACUCAUGUUAAGAAAAAAAAAAAAAAGAAGAAAAAAUUACAAAAGGAACUAAUCAAGUGCACAAAAUCCUAUGCCUAACUAAUAUUUUGGUGACUUCUAUAAAGUGAGUCUGAUUUGUUGGAAAAUAAAGGAUAAUAAUAUAAUAAAAAAUACAUGAGUUGUGAUUUUUCAGCGGUUACAUUGUAACAGCAUGCAAUGUACUUUAAGAUAAGGCUGUUUUAUGGUUUGUUUAUAUUUUUGGUCACCACUGUAUGGUUUACUAGAGUCUAUCAAUCAACGAUUUGUGGGUCUUUAUGUUUUGUACAUAUAAAUAAGCUUAUCUAUUAACCAAAUAUGAAUGAUAAGGAGCCCCAUCAGUUCUUCCUCCCUUCAAUCCCUGCUUGGCCUCACAUAUCACAUUCUGUUUAUCUACUUUUGCUUUUGUAGCAUUGUGAGGGAAAUUUAGAAAUGAUUUUUCCCAUGUAAAGUCAGACACAAGCACAUUUUCAACUACCCAACAAAUUGGAUAAGAGACUGUCAGUUGAAACUUGAGAGGGUUCUUUCCAUUGCCUGAAAAUUUUUAUGUUUAUAUUUUACCUCCCAUACUCCGAAAAGGGACAAAAGUUAUUACCUCUUAACCCAUACCUACCAUACAUGAUAGAUAUUUGUGAAGAAGGGGGUGGUCACAAAAGUCCAUGAGGCCAAUAUAUUAUGAGAAUUCUAGUAUACAACUAAUAAGAAAAAAAUAAAAUCAAUUUAACCAUCAUCACACAUUUACGUUCCUCUCAGGAGGAGAUAAGAUUU